AUGGUUAGCGCUAGAGGCAAAGUGAAGCUCACGCGCAUACUUGAGCGGAGCAAGAGGAAGUCAUCAUGGAAAAAGAGGGUAGCAGGCGCAAAGAAGAAGCUGAGUGAGGUUACCACCCUUUGUGAUGUCAAAGCAUGUCUUAUAAUGUACCCUCUUGAUGACCCUCUUGAUCAUAAACCUCUUGAGACAGUUGUUUGGCCAUCCCAUGAGGGCGCCCGAGAAGUGAUAGCUAAGUACAUGAGCGAGAAUGAGCUCGUACGCGGCAAAAGGAUGGCCAACCCAGAGAGCCACAUGCAAGAAAUGGUCGUGAAGGCCACGGCGAAAUUGGACAAGCAAAUGUAUGAAAUCAAAAUUAAACAGAUGAAACUUUGCAUGAUGAAGUGUUUUGAGAUCGGUAGGGUUCCACCUAAUUUGAGCCUGGAUGAUACCAAUCUUAUGGGCAACCUGAUUGACCGUUAUCUGAUGGACAUUGAUUUAAGGCUGAAGAAACUUGAGAUGGAAGAAGAGGAGGCUCAUCAGAACCAAGCUGCCACAACUGUUGCUGGUGCAUCUAGGAACAAAGGAAAGGAACCUAUGAACUAUGAUGCAUCUAGGAACAAAGGAAAGGAACCUAUGAACUAUGAUGCAUCUAGGAACAAAGGAAAGGAACCUAUGAACUAUGACUAG